GUCCAUUUGCAAAGAGAGGGAGCAGAUGGUCCCUAGUUUCUGCUUAGAAAAGGAAAGUCAAUCAGGAAAAGAGUAGCAGAGAAGAGUAACAGGAAUUCUUCCUGAGCGCCAACAUCCGGAAGCAGCAUAUUCCAUCCUGGAAAGGGCUGAGUUUGGAAGGUGCGGCCACUGUGCAUUGAAAGGAAAGAUCUACGGGCCUGAGAAGCUGCAGCCCUCAAGAGGCGCUUUGAAAGCCAAAGGGGCGUUGGGGGUAUAUUGGUUUGAAAAGGGAACCUCACAAGCAACCCAAGAGUGAAGUCUGAUAAGAAAAAUCAGCUGCUGGAGCAGCCAUGCCCCACUUCUUGGAUUGGUUCGUGCCAGUAUAUCUGAUGAUCUCCAUUCUCAUCUUGGUGGGCUUCGGAGCUUGCAUAUACUACUUUGAGCCGGGCCUACAGGAGGCCCACAAGUGGCGGACGCAAAGACCAAUCGUGGAACGAGACCUUCGAAAAACACUGAUGAUACGGGAUAACCUUGCCUUUGGGGUGCCUGAGGUCUAGUAUUCUGUGUGUGGGGUGUUUCUAGAGAAACAGCCAAACAGAGCCUUUUCUGGAUGGGCCCUGGCUAACAAGGUUUGGUCUGGAUGCACGUUUCUCCUCACUCAGGAGAGAAUCUUCUACUGCCUAGUGACUGAAGAAGGGUAGUUUUAUUCUUUGCUGACAUGGGUCUCUGUUAAUCACCAGAGUUACCUCUUUUUUUUCCGUCUUCUUCUUCUCCCUUUCUAAGGCAAGGUUUGUGCACCUCUAUUAACUCAAGGCUUUAAGGUCUACUCUAGACAAGAUAUUCGUCACUCAGCAAAGGAUCUCCUGCACCACUCCAUGACUUGGAUUUUUGGAUCCACCAAAGGUAAAGGUCUCUGUUAUUCAUUAUCCAAUGGAGGAUACCUGCACCUAUGCAUUACCUUCAAAAAAAAAAAUCUUAUGGGCACCAGAUAAUAACAGAUAGACUGGAUAUGGGACAUAGAUCUUUUUACUGCUAGGUCACUGGUUUAAACCUCACCCAAUUUGCUAGGGUCUGAAAGGUGUUAUUAUUGAAUGCCUCUUUGGUGACUUACGUAAAGUGAAUUUGAUGGGUCUCAGUCCAGUUCUUUGUGUACAACUGUGCACAUCACAAAAAUCACCAAUGCCACUGAAUUACCAUCUGUGCUGGGAGUCUCAUUAGAGAGGCCACGGAUUGAAUAAGCCAUGGAGAGUGAAUUCCUUACUCACCACUAGAGGUGAUUUUUCCAGCUCUGGAGUGAGACACACAGGAGGGGCAAAUGGAGUAAAGAUUGCUUCUUUAUUGGUGCCCAUUUGUACUUGUUUGGGGGAUAGAGGACUUCAAUCUCCAGGGCUGUCAAUCUAGUACUUUUAUAGAAUCGUAGACGAUUAGGAUUAGAAGAGACCUCAGGAGGUCAUCUAGUCCAAUCCCCUACUCAAAGCAGGACCAACUUUCAUGAGCACUAAAUUCACACACAAUUUUCAGCUAAGAAGGUCUGUGUGGAUCCUGCCGGGAAAUCUCUCGCACCUCUCCUUGACCCAGGGCUCGGGAUUUAUCGCAUAGGCCUCAACAGAUUCAUUACUAGACAAUGGAUCUUCUGCACCUGUCCAUGAUCCAGGGAAUCAAGGGUCCUUUAUUAUAAAUAGAUUUGCACUCAUUCAGUCCUCUGUUCUACAGCAUUUUUUGAAAUAGAUCCCUUAGUGCAUCAGUUCUGGUGCUGCACCCUCUUGACUGUCAUCCACACUGAAAACUGUGAAAUGCUCCUUGGAGAACCCUUCACUGUGAAUCUCUGGAAAGGGACGCUGAGCCAGACAGGUGGAGAUGGGGCACUACUAAUGACUGUGCUUUCUAGAUUCCACUGUAUAUCAUAUAAUGUGUAUACGUACGCUGUUUUUGCACUUUCCUCCACGCUUCCCUAGGGCUGAUUUGCUAACAAAGUACUGUAAGAAAAUGUGACUCCAUGGGAGAGUGGGAAUCCAGCACCUUUUUCUUCAUUGUGAACAGUGUGCAAAUCAUAGCAGAUAACACUGGCCCAACUCAGAGCCUAUGACUUGAGGUAUUCCACAGCAGGUACUACUGUGCCACACCUGCUUAGAACUCCAGUAAGACAAUGGCUCCUGUUCCAUGGUGCAUUGUAUCUCUGAUCCAUCAUGCCCCUUACUGUUUCUUACUUACUCUGCCAACCAGCCCCAUUGUCCUUAUUUCUAUACAUUAUAUAUUAUAAAACUCCACUGUUGACCAGUCAUGCCCAGUUAUCUACAUUCCAUACAGUACCACUGUCAUAUGGCACCACCAUGCCAUUGUCAGUGCAUUCCAUACCAGUGCAGCACAGUCAUGGCCACCCUUUGAUAUACCCUGCUGCAUAUUUGGUGAUAUUAUUACACAGUCAUUGUUGCCCUAUGGGAACCCUUCUGUACAUUCUAUACCGGGGUAGGCAACCUAUGGCAUGCGUGCCAAAGGCGGCACACAAGCUGAUUUUCAGUGGCACUCCCACUGCCUGGAUCCUGGCCACUGGUUCAGGGGGCUCUGCAUUCUAAUUUAAUUUUAAAUGCAGUCUCUUUAAAAACCUUAUUUACUUUACAUACAACAAUAGUUUAGUUGUAUAUUAGAGACUUAUAGAAAGAGACCUUCUAAAAACAUUAAAAUGUAUUACUGGCACAUGAAACCUUAAAUUAGAGUGAAUAAAUGAAGACUCGGCACACCACUUCUGAAAAGUUGCCAACCCCUGUUCUAUACCAUAGUAACACAGUCGCUGCUGCCCUACUGUGCACGUCUGUACAUUCCAUACCAUAUGCACACACAAAGUGCUGCUGUUUUGUAUAUACUUCAAUACAUUCCAUACCAUCAGACUGCUCUUGGUGCUGGUUCUGUGCCAUGCUCCCUGGUGGCUCCAUUGUGCAGCAGGAGCCAUUAGACACAGGGGUGCAGACAGGCUCCUCCCCUCAUCAUGGCUGCUGGAUCAGCUCACAGCAUAUAGUCCCUAGAUGAGAGUUUUGGAGCCAGUGAUAAUUCUCACUGGAAACUGUUGACAGAGCUUUUUCAUCCAUUACUGAAUGAAGGAUGGAGAACAUAUGUCGAUUUAAGCGGGUGACUUGUCAUUGGGGGUUGCUUGGGGAAUAACGUUUAUGUUAGCAGUGAUGGCUGUGGUACAAAUGGAAACUGUCCUCAACACCUGGCAAUUGUCGGC